CGAUACAAAGCCAUUACCAGCCAUACAUUUCCUGUCUGCUCUCAGCCAGCUGCGCUACAUAUGGUAGCUAGAAUGGGUAGUUUAAAUGCCAUUCAAAGCUUCUCGCUAAAAAGGUAUCCAACUAUAAGACAGUAGCAUACAGACCUCAUCGAUUCACCAUCUUCCCGCAUGCCGCGAGAGCGACAGUUCGUACCUUCCGGAUGAAGAUGCGGCGCGUCACAAGAGCGCGGACGGACGGAGAGUUGAGUGCGAAUGAAGUGAAGUGGCCCACUGUUUUAAACAAUCGUACAGCGAGCCUAAACCGUGCGAACUAAAGAAAACAACGUGACAGUGCGCGGCGGUGGCUAAGCAGUGUUUAUGCGUGCAAACUGUAUACAAGCAAGGCUCGUGCCUACCGUACCGAGCACCGAGAAAUGAAAGCCUCACAUCAGCUACUACGUUUUGAAAGUCUCGUCAUGAGCACGCUUCGUGUACGUGCCUUGCCCGGUCGUUUAGGUCAGAGAGAACGCGCCUUCUUGGUGGGAGUGAUUUGGUUCGUGCUGGGCUUCGUGUUCGCGCUGUGGUGCUGCUACGACAUGGCAGCGCGCUCCGCGAAGCGUUGGGACAGCAAAGAGGGCGAAGCGUUUCUCUUCGUGGCGAUACUGUCGUCCCACAAGACGGAACAUCUUCGCCACGCCGCGCGCAGGACGUGGUUGAAGCUGGCUCCUGCCUCCGAACGGCGGAUCGCCUACAAAUUUUUCGUGGCUGCGAAGGGCGUGCCGCCGAAGUGGGUAGAGAAGCUUCACCGAGAACAGCGUCAAUAUAACGACGUGGAAAUCAUCUACGAAGCCGCGGACACGUACGAAAAGUUAACCUCGAAGUUGCUCUACAGCCUGCAGUGGGUCGUAAAACACUACUACUUCGACUUCUUACUGAAGCUAGACGACGACUCGUUCGCUAGAGUAGACGCCAUCGCCGACGAGCUGGCACAGUGGAAGCAUGACAAUCCGGGCCGAGAGCUCUACUGGGGCUACUUCGCCGGAAACGCGCCCGUCUUCACGUCCGGAAAGUGGGCAGAGCGCACGUGGUACCUCAGAGACGGCUAUUACCUUCCUUACGCGCGCGGCGGGGGAUACGUUCUAUCCCUGGGUGCCGCGAGACACAUCGGAACCAUGGGCGUCAUCAUCUUCGAACAGUACUCCAGCGAAGACGUCUCGGUGGGCGUGUGGACAGCACCGCUGAGGCUGGAACGCAAGCACGACCGUCGCUUCGACACGGAGUACCGCUCGCGCGGCUGCUUCAACUCGUACCUCGUCACUCACAAGCAGACGGCAUCAAUGAUGUACGAGAUGCACCGAAACCUCGAGCAAGACCGCAAACCAUGCCAGAGGGAAAUGAGGUGGAGACUCUCGUACGAGUACAAUUGGAGCGUACCGCCUUUGCAGUGCUGCGUACGCAACAUGACGGAUGCGACUUUGAGGCGUCCUCGGACGUUCCACUUGCGGCACAGUCUGUGAUGCCAGUCGUUCUGAGCUUGCCCCGUUUCUGCCUUGCAGUUCGGAAUUAUAGGCACUUUCACAGUAUUCGCUCAUAGCAUCCACGUGAACACGUAGAAAGUUAACGUAGUGGAUGCCGAUCUCACAAGCCGAGGUCAUUUUGAUCUCCUAAACUUGCGUCACGAUGUGCGAGCGAACCUGUGAACACAAGCAUCAAAAGUUCCAAGGUGUUCACAAGACCUGCGUAGUCAAUGGCUGCUUGUUGAAGGUGGAGCCUUGUAAUACUAGUCUGUUGAUUCCUAUGGAUGUCAAUGACAUCCGCAAUGAAGGUUUCUUAGCACCAUCUAAUAUAAAGUGAAGCCAGCACACACAGUAUAGGCUAUUUUGGACACAAAAUGCACAGCCGUUACCGGUAACGGUAAAUGUUUGCAGCAAUUGAUGUAUGGGAAUUCAGCGCAUAGAACAUUCAUUCACCAUUUAGUUGCUUCAAGUGCAGACAUCCUGACCACACUAUUUUGCACAACUAAAUAUUCGGUAGGUGCAACCAGCUUAUGGCAAGCACAACCAUCACUAUGUAAGCAAGAAAGAAUGCUGCCUGCUGAAAACCAGUUUACCAAAUGCCUAUUGCUCAUCGUGUGCACUUGUCAUUUUUAUUUAUUUCUUGCCCCAUACCUCCAACACUCUACAAGCAUUUCACUGCCUCUUAUUUUCUGGACAAGUUUACCAGUGUAACCCCCCAGCUGCACUCCUUUAUUAUGGUGUGGCUGGCUUUAUUGGUGACCUUUUGCAAAUGUAAUUUUGUAGCCACAAGCGAACAAGUAGAUGAGACAAGAACAAGCUUUUAAAAAUUAGCAGGCAAAGUACUUUGCAAGCGUUCCUAAAAAAUGUACGAUGUACACAGGUCCUGCGGAAGUCGGAUUUUAGUGAACAAAUCUACAAGAAGCUUCACUAAAAGAAGUGGGUGUAAACAGUACUGUGUGCGUAUUUUAUUUCAAGGGACAUUGAAGGAGAAACUUGUAUGGACCUCGUUUGGAUGGCCAUUCCUGAGGGCAGCUGAUGCCUUAAAAGCAGUUGGGCUCGCUUAUGUGUGACAAAAAGUGAAAAGCUGCUUGCAAUGCAUCUUCUUGCCAUCCAUGUGAACUGUACUUUGUGUAGUGAUAGUUGCAUGAGUGGCUGUUCUUCAUACAGGCGAGUAAAUGCAUUACCCACUGCGAAACUACAACAAAACCCUGUCUCCUUUCUGAUGCCACGGUCUUGUCUCAAGGGUGUGUUGUUUGAGACUGAAAUCUGCUGGCCAGUCUCAGAGGUCAAAGGACUAGUUGCAGCCAUCUGCUGCCAGUAGUAGUAGUAUGCUUUUCCUUGCAAGCGAAUGAGCUCAGCCGCUUCAGCUGCUUCAAUAUAUUGGGACAGCAUUUGUCAGACGCUGCCAUGUGAUUGAAGGCGGAAUAUGACUUCCAAGGUGCAAUGUUAGGUUUCAGCUAACACCGUUAAAAAUGUGAACACAAGCCUGAGGGAUGGACAAACUGUGGAAACAAAAUGUUGAGUACCAAACGGUCGUCAUGGUAGAUUAACUUAAUGGCAUUGUCAGCACGCACAGAAUGCAACGACUUUGCUUGCUUGUAAAACUUGUUUCUAUGUCGGUGAUUCGUAGGUACCGUGACUUGUGUUUUACUUUGAAUAAGAAAGCAUUUGAUAAAUGCAGUAUUGUUACAUUGUGAUUUUUGUUCGGUUGUUCGCAAUAAAUUUUGCUUUUGCUGCUGUG